AUGGCGUCAACUACUGGUACAAAUCCCUCGCAGCUUUUACCGCUUGAAUUAGUAGAUAAAUGUAUCGGAUCCAGGAUUCACAUUGUGAUGAAGAGUGACAAAGAAAUCGUUGGAACACUACUCGGUUUUGAUGACUUCGUCAAUAUGGUCUUAGAAGAUGUUGUUGAAUUUGAAAACACACCAGAAGGGAGACGAGUGACAAAGCUAGAACAAAUUUUGCUGAAUGGUAACAAUAUUACUAUGUUAAUUCCAGGAAGUGAAGGCCCAGAAAUAUAGGACUAUCACAGUGAAGAUAUUUAUAUUUUGUAGUCAUUUGUUAUUUAGUAGAAUAUUUGAAACUGAUUUGUAUGGAAACUAUCCAUACACAUAUAAACACUAAAGUUCCACAAUGCAUUGUGUUUUUUCAGUUUAUUUGGAGUUGACAGAACUCCCAAGUUUUUGUCAUAAAUAGUACAUUUUAAUCAUGUGUUGUAAAUCUAUUCUUGUUUAAACAAAAAAAAAUGAUUUUAUACAAUAAAAACUUGUAUCCGUAAAUAAAACAAAUAACACAU